AUGGUCGAGCAAGAGCAAGAGAUGGAAAGAGUCAAUGAAGAUCUUACAGAUCUACAUGGGAAUAUAGGUCAAAUCAUGGAGAUGUUGCAAGUAAUACGUGCAAAGAUGGAUACUCAACCCGCAAUUGUUUAUGAGAUCGUCAAUCUGGUGAUUACUCCUCAGCCAGCAGUUACUACUCCAGCAACUUGGCCUACCUUUGGUCUUCCUUAUGGUUUUGUGCCUCCUCCUCAAGGACAAUCCACUCAACAUACAGUUCCAUUAACUACUGAAGUUAAUCAAGUGAUUCCCACUUUUGCACCCACUGCCAUGCACACUCGAGUUCAACCGUACUUCGAUGAUCAUCAACAAGGGUAUGAUAUACCUGAUAUGUCUGAAGAAGGUGAUGAAAGACAUGAAAAGAUGAGAGAAAAUGUUGAAACCAUUGAGAAAAGGCUGAGAGCAAUGGAAGGUGAUCAGAUCUUUGGUGCUGCUUCCAGAGAAAUGUGCCUUGUAUCUGGAUUGGUGAUCCCCGCAAAAUUCAAGACACCCAACCUUGAUCAAUAUGAAGGAGCUACUUGUCCCAAAAGUCAUCUCAUCAUGUAUUAUAGAAAGAUGGAAGCUCACAUGGACAAUGACAAACUCAUGAUCCACUGUUUCCAAGACAGUUUGAAAGGUGCCUCUUCCAAAUGGUACUUGACCCUUGAUCAGACUCGCAUCCGUUGUUUCCAAGAUUUGUCUGAUGCUUUCAUCAAACAAUACAAGUACAACAUGGAUCUAGCUCCUGAUAGAAGGCAAUUGUUGAGCAUGUCCCAAAAGGAUUCUGAAUCCUUUAAAGAAUAUGCACAAAGGUGGAGAGAGAUUGCAUCUCAAGUGGAACCUCCAUUAACUGAAAAAGAAUUGGCAGAUUGGUUCGUCGACACAGUGCGACCAGAAUUUUUUGAAAGGAUGAUGGGAAGCGUGACUGCAAGUUUUUCUGACUUGGUGGCCGUGGGUAUCAAAGUGGAACUUGGCUUAAAAAAUGGCAAGAUGAUUAUUGCAGCUAGUAAUUCCAUCAAUAACAACAAUACCAAGAAAUUCUCUAGCAGUUUCCAUAAGAAAAAGGAAGGAGAAACAAAUGCAGUGAUGGGUAGUAGAAGAAAGAAUCAGCCUUGGAAAAAGCAACAAUAUUUUGCUCAACAACAUUAUGUUCAACAACCACAAUUUUCUCAACAGCCGUAUGUAGCAGCUAUUACACCAACUUUCAAUCAGCAAGUCCCAGUGCAUCAGUCGACUCAAGCAGUUCCAAUCUUUCAAACAACACCCAACUUUCCAACUUAUUAA